AUGCAUAAAAGAAGAGAGCGGUCAGGGUGGUCAGCAAGCUGUGUUGGUCGUGUCAGGUUGGAUCAGUUGGCCGCAGAACUGGUUCCAACAGAGAAUAGAAUAAAGAAGGAAGCCAUAGAAGCAGGUGGUCAUUGCCACCGGGAGGUCACUGUGGCUGGCAUGGUCGCAGGACAUUGGCCAGGCCAAGCGCUGACUCGUCGGUGGCGUCCAAAAAAACAUGAUGGUCAAGAUGUCGUGUUAGGCAAAAAGUCGUGUAUCGCCAUAAGGCCUGAAAGUGGCGAGGUCCGGGAUUCUAACCAGAGUAGCAGUAAGAUGCCGAUAGAAGUAGGUUUAUUCCCGUCCAGGAAAGCAGUAGGCGCGAGUUUUAAAAAUAGAAAGAAAAUCGACAGCAGUAUUUUCAAGAAAAGAAGCCAUUUACGAAGGUGGAUAGCAAUCCGUCUGUUUUGGACUUUAAAAGUAGUAAGUAAUGGCGGACACCAGCAAGACAAACAACUACGGGGGGAUCUCCUCAGAAUCAGUCGGCGGAAGCCGCAAGAUUUUCAUAGAAGCAAAAGGAGUGACAACUCAGUUGUGAGUUUACGGAAAAAUAAAGCAGCGACGCGACAAGCAAGAGGAAAAAGAGAGGGGAGAAUUACGCCGACAGUGCCCAUGGUCGUCACCAUUCGUGGGUUGGUAGAACACCAGCAACGCAAGUCCGAUAGAAGCCGCCCACAUAAAUGUCUGGGCGAGAAGAUGGUGAAUUCUUAG